UCUCUCGUUGCCACAUUGCUCCCAUUCCUUCACCACACGCAACUCUCUCUCUCUCGAUUUCGCUCCAUAAGAUUGGAAUCUUAUAUGUAGAACAUGUGAGAGCGAGAAGAAUCAUUUUGAGGGAGGGGGAUAUCUCUAGCUUGAUUGUCAGCAUCCUCCCAUUUCUUCCCUCCAUAUAACUUCCUCAGCUCAUGGAGGCCUAAACCCACCCUCUCCGCACUCCUCAUACUGCAAGAGUCUCUCUCUCUCUCUCUCCACCUCUCUCUCUCUAACUCUCUCUCUCUCUACACACGCACAGAGAGAGGCAAAGGAAGAGCCUCCAAGCAGACCCCUAUAACAUCUCAACCAAAUUUUCUGGAUCAGCGAGUGGGAACGAAGGUUGGGGUCUCUCUCUCCCAUAGCUGCAGCAUGCGCGGAUCCUAAUUGAGAGCAAGAGUGAGAAGCAAAAGGAGGGGAGGAAGCAAGCAAGCAACCGGUGAUGCAUGCAUGUCUGGUGGAGCCUUGUGGGGUGAGGCCUGCUUGAGAGUAUAUAAAUUUGCAGGGGCUGAUUGGCGCUUUUUCUCCAAAUAAGAAGGGCCACACCUCAGUCACCUCACAUUUUCCAUGAGCAUGAGGUCCAGCUUUUAGCUGGCAGAUUAUAAGUUUUCAGAGUUUUCCUUUUUAAUUCAUCAAGGACUUCGUUAAGAAGAUCAUCACAAUGAAAUACAUGAAGCUUGGAACAAAACCCGAUACAUUCUACACUGAAGAAGCAAUCAGGUCAGUAGUGUCAGACGUACCCGCGGAUCUCAUCAUCCAUGUCAACAACACGAAGUAUCAGCUACACAAGUUGAAAUUUGGUCAGCACUAUGAAAACGCUGCGUCUGACGACAUCGAUUGCAAUCAGGCUUACAAAUUCCCCCUGCUGCUCAAGUGCGGCCUCCUGCAGCGCCUCUGCUCCGACACCGACGACGGCGACGAGGAGCCGGUGCCCGUGGCGCUGCACGACAUCCCGGGCGGCGAGGAGGCCUUCGAGCUUUGCGCCAAGUUCUGCUACGGCAUCUCCAUCAGUAUCAGCGCGGCGAACCUGGUGCCGGCGAUGCUGGCGGCGCGGUUCCUCCGGAUGACGGAGGCCGUCGCCAAGGGGAACCUGGUGGCCAAGCUGGAGACCUUCUUCGACUCAUGCGUCCUGCAGGGGUGGAAGGACUCCGUCGCCGCGCUGCAAGCGGCGUGGCGGAUCUCCGGCUGGAGCGAGAGCCGCAUCGUCCAGCCCUGCAUCGACUCCAUCGUCGAGAAGAUCCUCAUGCCGCCGUCCAAGGUCACCUGGUCCUACACGUACACCCGGCCGGGGUACACGAGGAAACCCCACCAGUCGGUCCCCAAGGACUGGUGGACGGAGGACAUCUCGGAGCUGGACAUCGAGGUGUUCCGCUCGGUCAUCUCCACCGUCCGCGCGUCGCGCCUGCUCCCGCCACCGCUCAUCGGCGAGGCGCUGCACGUCUACGCGUGCAAGCACCUCGUCGACCCGCUGCGUGCCGGCGCCGUCGCCAACGGCGGCGUCCUCCACCAGGCGCAGAGCUCGGCGGCCGAGGAGACGCUGGCCAAGCAGCGCCGCGUGCUGGAGUCCAUCGUCACGAUGAUCCCCGGCGAGCCGGGGUCGGUCACCGGCCGGUUCCUGCUCCGACUGCUGCGGGUGGCGAACUACGUCAGCGCGUCGUCGUCCACGCGCGCGCAGCUGAUCCGGCAGGCCGGGUCCCAGCUCGACGAGGCGAGGGCCGCGGACCUGCUCAUCCCGCUGCCGUCGGACCCGCAGGCGUACGACGUCGGCGCGGUGGAGGCCGUGGUGGAGCACUUCCUGGCGCAGUUCCAGCGCCCCGCGGCGCCCGACGAGCGGCAGCGGAUGAGCGCCGCCAUGGACAAAGUGGCCAGGAUAUUCGACGAGUGCCUGCGGACCAUCGCGCUCGACCGCGACUUCCCCGUCGCCAAGUUCGUCGAUCUCGUCGAGUGCUUGCCGGACAUCGCCCGCAGUGACCACGACAGCCUCUACUACGCGAUCGACAUCUAUCUCAAGGAGCACCCAGAGCUUAGCAAGGCGGACAAGAAGCGGCUGUGCCGGCUGAUCGACUGCCGGAAGCUGUCAACGGACGUGCGGGCGCAGGCGAUAUCCAACGACCGGAUGCCGCUGCGCACCAUCGUGCAGCUUCUCUUCGUCGAGCAGGAGAGGACCAUGGGUGCCGCCGCUGGCGCCAGCCAUGGAGCUGCCGUCGCACCAGACCGGGCCUCGGUCGACGCCAUCUCCCGGCUCGCGCCAAGAACCAACGAGGACGAACCGGCCUCAUCCGCCGACCACAAGUCGGACGUGCACCGGCCACGCCGUGAUCACACCCGGGUGGCUGACGGAGCGACGGCAGCCAUGACGAGGUCGCUGUCGGCGUCGACCAAGACACCGGUGGCAGGGAGAAAGGAGAGGACGACAGAGGAGAGGGGGAGCAGAAUGAGGAACAAGGAGUGAUGAAGCCGAGUGUGCAGUUUGUUAAUACUUGUGAUUCUUGAUUUUUUUUAAAAAAAAUAUUUCUGUGCAUCCCAUUUUUGGUGGGAGAUGUAAGAGGCAUCCUUGUUGAAACUUGAAAGAGAAUGAGGGGGUAGAUUUUGUAAUUAAAAUGGGUGGGAGAUUAAUAAGUGGCUACACUCAUACAAUCUAGGAUAGCUCAACAAUGAAAAUUUUUCAUGUUCAUCA